GGCUGAGACCCUCCCCCAGUCAGUCAGUGAGUCACACUCAACAAUUGUAGUUUACUACUCCACUUAUGUCUCUGAGGCUCACUGCAUGCUGUUAAGUGUGUGAAAGCGUCAUCAUAUAAGAACAAGGGAAGUCCUGAUGGAUCUUCAUCUGACAGGAUUUUGGCUGCUGCUCAUCACACAUACUGUGUUGGGUAAGUUGUGUUUCUGUCACUUUUGGUGUGGGGUUAGUUUAUUUGGGAACUGUGUUGGCCACAGGAGGCUGCUGAGGGGAGGAUGGCUCAUAAUGGCUGGCGUGAAUGGAAUGGCAUCAAACACAUGGAAACCAUGGGUUUGAUUGAUUUGAUACCAUUCCACUCUAGGCAUUAACACGAGCCUGUCCUCCACAAUUAAGGUGGCACCAACCUCCUGUGGUGUUGGCCAAAAAAAUAAUCUGCCAUUGCAAAUUUGGGAUAAUUUUAUCAUGGAGUAUUUUAAUGCCUAUAGAUCAUUAUGCAGAUGCUUUCUUGACCAGGUUAGGAAGGUCCAAACAAUGCCUCAGUACAGUGGGCUUCCCUUAUGACCACCAACAAGCCAUAAAAAACAACCAAUGACACUAACGGGAAGCUAACGUUGUAUUACCUUCUCUAUAUCUUGAUUUCUAGUGUUCUGUGAUAUGGAAUUCCUGGAGAGACCGCAGGGUGACUCUGUAGAGUUCCACUGUAUCUCUGAGUUCAAUGCCACCAAGCCCAUUGGGCUCUACCUGAAACGCAAGUGGCUGCAGCCCAACCGAGAGGUCCUGUUCAUGUAUACUGCACAAAAGCCUGCUCUUUACCCUGAUGUCAAACAGCGCAUCCAUGUCACCGGAGACCCGAGUACUCACCGGGUCAAUGUGACCCUCAGCCAGCUGAAGGGAACAGACACGGACCUCUACUACUGUGAGUUUGUAUUCCCCGACACCAGCGUCGAUCAAAAUAUUCCAAGCAAGAUGGAGUUAUUUCCUGUACGUCAACGAUGCUGGUGAGUAAUCUUUAUGGAUUCCUCCAUUGAUUUCCUAUUUCCUUUUUUAUGUUUCUUGAUGCGAGUGGAGUUGAUGACAUCAUGAUAUGUGUGUUAAACAGUCACAGUAGCCCUGUGUGUUUUCCCCUUUUUUGGGAACAACUCCUGAUGCCAUAGCUGAGCCCCACUGUUCAUGUUAUCAUGCAUUCUGCCACUACUUCCUCCUAAGAAUAGCCCUGGCUCUAGCAACAGACUCCCCUCUCCCAUGCCCUCAUAGCCAGUCAUACUAGUGUUUGUUUCCCAUGUGGAGAAGAUGCCCCAGACAACAAGAUGGAUGUAGGCCUGAUAGAGACGUGCGCCGGGGGGUCAGCUGUCCUCCCCUGCCUCGCCCCCCAUGGUUCCCCCUCGGCCAUGGAGGGGGUAUGCCUGAAGAGGCGGUGGAACCGGGAUCCAGUGGAGGUGCUGUUCCACUCCAAGCUCCCCUCCUCCGCCUCGUUCCCCCCAGAAGAGAGGCUUCACCUGGUCACGGGGCUGGGUGGCCUGGCCUACAACCUCACCCUGCUAGAGAUGCAGCCGGAAGAGAGCGCUUUUUACAGCUGUGAGCUGCUGCUCCCCGGCAGGCCCGACAACAGCGCCAGGCUAGGGAGACACGUGUACUUUGUGUCUGUGCAAGGUGGGUCUUAUCAUAGGGCUAGUGGAUUCAACCCCAAUAAAACACCUGAUUUAUCAUAGGGCUUGUGGAUAUAAACAAAUAACACUUGUUCAUUCGUUGAGCUUACACAUCUCAAAUGGGCCACUUUAUGUGCCUAAGCAUUGUGUGUCUAUGCAAGGUUUUGACCUUCACGAAAAGUCUAUCUAUCCACUUCCCCUCACCACAUCGGUCUCUAUACUCACUUUGAAACUAGACAUUAGACAGAUGCAGUAGGAAAUGGGGGUCAGUGGUUUUGGUUUUAAAGGGAUAGUUUGUGAUUUUGGCAAGGAACCCGAUCUACUUCCCCACAGUCAGAUGAAGUUGGAAGUAGUUUCGCGAGCCAAUGCUAACUAGCAUUAGCACAAUGAUUCAAACUGCACACUGACAUAAAAACGGUAUCCACAAGUUCAUCUGACUCUGGGGAAGUAGAUAAAGGGCUUCAUUACCAAAAUCCCAAACUAUCCCUUUAAGCUAUCCCUUUAAAUUCAUGCCAGUAAAUGUCCAGGCCAUCUGUGGAAGCUGUUUCCAUGACGCUGUAUUGUUUAUUAACUCUAGUAGCCAAUCAAGUAACCCAGGUAACAAUUAUCAAACAGGCACGGUUCUGUUAGUAAUUAAUUUCAUGUUCAACAUACACAGUAUAUGAAUGGUUGUCAAUUUAUUUUCAAUUCAAUUAAUUCAGGAAGUGAGUUGACAUUCUGUGUAAGGCUUUUAAGUGUGAUACUGCGUAUUGGGCAUUAUUGUUGUUUCCCCAGGUGUUACGUGUAGCUGUACUGGUUAUGUUCCACUGCUCUAUGUCCUUUCUGCUGCUGUGGGGCUGCUGCUCAUCUUCCUCAUGGCCCUGGGAGUGGCUCAUUAUGUGAGUAGGACUGUAACCUACUGACUAUGGACAAAAGGAUUGAUGCACAGAAUAUUAUUUAGAUCAAAUAUAUACAUGGUAGCCACUCCAGUUUUCUGCUGCUUUCCUGGGGUCAUAAUUUAAAAAGCAUUACAACCUCACAUUUUGCAAUAAUUCAUAUUACAUUUUCUUGAAUGCACAAACCAUUCUUCACUCUGAGUUUAUAAAGCCACACUGUCAUUUGGUAGCUACUGUAGUCCUCAAGUAGCAGUACCAUAACAUUGAUUUCUGACAGGUAUGACUAAGUAACAGUGAUUUGUAAAACACCUCACAUUGAGGAAGGAUGCCACUUUGAAUAAAAAAAACAGCCAUCCUCUUACUAUUCACAGAAUUUCACAUAGGAAAUAUACUAGUUUCACUAGUUGUUUUCAGCUGCUGCCUUCUCUGAUUGGCUUCUGUCCUCUGUCAGGGUAAGACCCAAGGCGACCGUGUCAAACCGCAGCCCCACCAGGCUUCCAUCUACGAGGAGAUGGUCGGGGUGCGGCCCCCCAACAGAAAUGGAAAAGUGCCCCCUCUUACCACCUGAGGCCCCCCAUUGCAUCUGGAGUAAAUGGAUGCUUCCGCCUAUGACAACCCCCCUCUGAGGUCUUGACAGGAAAACCACUAUGAGAGG